CUCCGCCAGAUUCAAUGACGACAUCUCUCCCUCUGCAUCGAACACCAUCGACUGGCCUCUUUGUCUCUUUGCCUGCGAUUUUUCCCACGACCAUGGAUCGCAGCUGCACCUGUUCGGUGAUUUUCCGGCGAAACCAGAACAGUGGCCUCACCAGAUGUAUGCAGCGAUGUUCUCACUGGCGGCGGCGGCCAGAUUGGGCAGUGGCGGCCUUUCCGGGCAGUGGCGGCCUUUCCGGGCAGCGGCGGCAGCGGCGGCCUUGCUGUGCAGUGGCAGCGGCAGUCUUGGCGUUGGUGGCUGGGAAAAAGAGUUUGAGUGGUGUCGGUGGUCU